GCGUGGCAUUAUAUUUAAAAAUAUACACUUUCUCCUUUAUUGGUUAUAUUAAAUUGGCCAAAACAGAAAAUAAUACAAAUAUGGAUGUGAAAGAGAAUCACAAAGAAUUCUUCAACCAAAUAUUUACACUCAAAGAAAUAGUGGCACAACUGGACACGGAAGUUGAACAAUUGCAUAAAGGUUUUAAUCAACAAGCUGAUAUAAUAUUUGGUAACUGGCCCAUGGACCCUACAGAUGAAAGAGAAUAUGUUCCCGAUAUUCCAAUUACUCAAAAUGUAAAAAUACAAGAAUUUUACAACAAUUUUAAUAACAAAUUAUUAAAUUUAAAUAAUGACACAGAAAAUUUACUUAAAAUCAAUGACAAUUUAUUUUGGAACAAAACUAAAACGAUAAACCAAAUACUUGAAACUGCAACAAAAUGUUCUAUAAAUAAUGAUAUUAAUCCUGCUACACAAUAUAGGAUAACUAAUAUUAUAGAAAAAUUAGACAAACAUAUUAAAAGGUGUGAUAUUUUAAAAAUGAAAAUAGAGAAUCUGAACAAGCAAGAAGAAGUUCUGGAGAAAAACUCUGAAAUUAUGUCGAGUAUUAUGUCGGAAAUUAAUGCAAAAUUAGAUUCACAGAAUCAAUAUUUUGAAAAUUUAGAAAAACAACUGCCCAUAAUACAAGAAGCUAGUAAAACUUUAGAUGAUUAUAUCAUUCGUAAAAAUGAACACGAUAGUUAUCGUCAGAGAUGUUGGGAAACAGGAAAUUGUCGCCAUGGGCAUCAUGGAACGCAUCAUUCUCGACAUUCUUAUCAUUAGGUUAAGUAAUUUUUAAUGUUAAAUGAAAUGUUAUAUCUAAUGCAGUAAAGUUAAGAAAAAAUAUAAUAAAUAUAUAAAAUUGU